AGCAAUUAUUCUUUCCUUUGUCACAGGCAUGGUGUAUGAAGGGAGCUCAGGCAAGUCGAACCAUCGCAGCCACCGCAGCCACCAAAUCCAUUGCUAAAUCUCUACUCCGUGAUCCUUCCCCCAUCCAUUCCCGAUGCCAAGCUCAACAACUCCACGCCCAACUCCUCAAAUGCUACUCCUUUCCCUCCUCUUCUUCCUCCAUCCUCACCAUCUACUCUCGCCUCGCUCUCCCCGACGACUCUUUUCGUGCCUUCUUCUCUAUUCCCUCCCCUUCCUCCUCUUCCUGGACCACCCUCAUCAGCUGCUCUGCCGCCGCUGGUCUAUUCCCUCUCGUACUCUCCCUCUUCCAUCGCAUGCGCGCCACCGGUGCUCCCCCGAAUCGCAAACUUCUCCCCAACGUACUCAAAUCCUGCGCGGCUCUUAGAAGCUCCAAGCUCGGCGAAUCUCUGCACGCCUGCGCAAUCUCUUUUGGGCUUGAUUCCGAUCUCUUCAACGGCAAUGCCCUGAUGAACUUGUAUUGUAAAGUGGGCCAUCGCCAUAACGAGCGCAGCCAGUCAGAGGGAAUGGAAAGCAACGAUUUUGGCGGUGGGAGUGUUAGCAAGCUGGGCAUUUUGGAACGAAAUACGGCAGGGAGUUGUGCUAGAGCUUCUCCCAUGGAGAACGUAAGGAAGCUGUUCGAUGAAAUGCCUGAACGAGAUGUAGUGUCUUGGAACACAGUGAUAAGCGGGAAUGUGGAGAAUGGGCUCUAUGAAGAGGCUUUGGGAAUGGUUAUGGAGAUGAUUAGUCUCGGAUUAAAGCCCGAUUCAUUUACUUUAUCUACCAUUCUGCCAAUAUUUGCAGAGCUUGGAAAUAUUUCGAAGGGGAAGGAGAUACAUGGACAUGCUGUUAGAAAUGGCUUGAGUAGAGAUCUGUUUAUUGGAAGUAGCUUGAUUGAUAUGUAUGCAAAAUGUACGCUUUUGGAGUACUCAUACCGCGUCAUGAGCUUCCUACCGAACCCAGACGCCAUUGCUUGGAAUUCUAUAAUUGCAGCUUCUGUUCAAAACGGUCAAUUUGAUGAAGCUCUCACAUUGUUCCGUGAAAUGUUGGCGGCGAAACUAAAGCCUAUGGCCGUGACCUUCUCCUCCCUCAUGCCUGCAUGUGCGCAUCUUACAACUCUGCAUCUUGGCAAGCAACUUCACAGUUAUGUUAUCAGAGAUGGAUUCGAUGGCAACGUGUUCGUUCAAAGCGCGCUUGUUGAUAUGUAUGCUAAAUGUGGAAAUAUUCGUGUUGCUCGAAAGAUAUUCGAUGCAAUGCCAUCACUCGAUAUGGUUGCUUGGACUGCCAUGAUAAUGGGUUAUGCCUUACAUGGAUCUGCUCAUGAAGCACUCUAUCUAUUUCAAAAGAUGGAGAUGGAGAAGCAAAAGCCAAAUUAUGUGGCUUUUGUGGCGGUUCUAACGGCAUGUAGCCAUGCCGGAUUGGUGGAUGAGGCUCAGAAGUUUUUUGAUAGGAUGACGAAGGAUUACAGCAUUACCCCUUGUUUAGAGCAUUAUGCGGCAGUAGCUGAUGUUCUUAGUCGCGCGGGUAAACUAGAGGAGGCCUACAACUUCAUCUCCAGUAUGCACAUAAAGCCUACUGCGAGUGUUUGGUCCAUACUGCUUGGAGCUUGCAGGGUCCACAAGAAUGCGGAGUUAGCAGAGAAGGCGGCUAAGAAGAUUUUUGAACUUGAUCCCUCGGAGACCGGACCUCAUCUUAUCAUGUCAAAUCUCUAUUCAGCUGCAGGAAAAUGGAAGGAAGCUGCAGAAAUCAGGAUGGUGAUGAGGAAGAAAGGUUUAAAAAAGCAACCAGCUUGUAGCUGGAUUGAAAUAAAGAACAAGGUUCAUGGAUUUGUAGCUCAUGAUACAUCUCAUCCUUGUUUUAGGAAGAUAACCGAGGCUUGGGAAGCGUUGAAGGAUCAGAUGAUGAGAGCGGGAUAUGUCCCGAACACGGAUGAUGUGCUUCAUGAUGUAGAAGAAGAGCAGAAGAUUGCGAAUUUGUGUGGUCAUAGUGAGAGACUUGCGAUAGUGUUUGGGAUUAUAAGUACCCCUCCUGGUACUACAAUCCGAGUGACGAAGAAUAUUCGAGUUUGCGUUGAUUGCCACACCGCCAUUAAGUUUAUUUCGAAGAUUGUUGGAAGGGAGAUCAUCGUUAGGGAUUUUAGCCGUUUUCAUCAUUUCGAAGAGAACAAUUGUUCAUGUGGUGAUUUUUGGUAGAAUUUUGGAAUGAAAAUGUGGACCUUGAAUUUCUUAGUGCAUUUUGGUGCAAAAUUAUGCUACUAGAGAAGCAUUACUUUCUUCAGAUUCAUAAGACGUGAAAGAGCAUUGCUCAAUAAGAAUUGUUCACUCGGACAGAUCACAAAUUCAAGGUUUUAAAUGUGUUUUGAUAAAUGUGAAAGCUUACAUCAUUCUUUUCUAUUAUAAGGAAGAUUUGAGAUUGAUGGCCACAACACAAUAUGCAAGUCCAAAAGCCAUACAUCAUAGUGAACUUUCAAUAAAAAUUUAUGAACCAAAUGUGAAGGUUCUACGAAGUGGUCUACAUCUUAGAUGGAGUCCCAAGCAACAUUUUUUCGAGGGAUUAUGAAUAUUACUCAAAAGAUUUACUUUGUAGCCAUUGGAUCUUGCUUAUGCUGUAUUUUCUAACCCUCGUGGCGGCACCGUGAGUUGAUCUUCGAGUGUUGCACGAAGAGUGUCCUCGAAGCGAAGAUGGAGGGUUCACAUUUGAUGACUACCAGUGAAAGCACGACGCUUCUCUUGUGGGAAGGGAUAACCAAGCCGAGCCGACAUUAAAAAACUGAUCCUGCUUCAGAAGAUGCUUUCAGGUUUGUCAAUAGUACCUGCUGUCUAUUUGAAAAUUUUGUUCAUGUGAUGCUAUCUGGAGCUGUAUUUCUGUACAGAUUUCAUGCUUAUCAGUUGCAGGAGGAAUGAAAGCAAUUUUAUGAAUUAAAAACAUAGAAUAUUGCAAGAAAGCACCUCUUUUUUGUUUUAAUUCCAUUAAAGACAUUGAUGUCUGGCGUUUACAUACAUACCACACAAUUCUUAUGUAUUUACACAUCUGACACUUAAACUUUCAUAUUUCCAUGCAUAACACUCGAUUCUGCAUGUUUAUGAUAUCAAAGGGUUAUCAAUGUAAAUAUCACAUUUUAGUUGCUGGAUUUGUAAAUAUAGAACCGCAUGUGGUAUGUAUGUAAAUUUCCCAAAUAUUAAAUUGGAGCUGAAUGGUUUUGGAGGAAACUGUACAUUAGUUUGAAAUAUAAC